AUGUCGGAUAGCUCGAGUCGCUCUUCUUCAGCACCUUCACUCGCUGGAAUUAUAACAACUUCAAACAAUGAGCGAAUAAUACCAGCUACGCGCCGAGCAGAUGGCUCACUUCGUCCAGAACGUCGUGUACGAGAAGGCUUUGUGCCACUUGAAGAUGUGCAACGUUAUAAGAAUGUCCGAGUUGCUGCGAUUGAACAAACAACCUUGAAUAAAAAACGGUCAGAGGAGGAAAGUGGAUCAAGUUUUGCUGAUAAUGAAGAAAAAAAUAUUGAUAUGGAUGAUUUAUUAUCACAAAAAUUAGAAAACCUCUCAAUUGAACCAAUGACAUCCGUCAAAGCUUCUGCUACCUCAAGCAUUGUCAACACACAAAAAGGUUCGCCUUCAUCGAAUUCUAUAGAAACAGAAAAUCAAUCUACAAAACAAACAUCUUCGGAAGUUGUCAUCACAAUCUCACAAAUGGAAGCAUUAAAAAAACGUACAAAAGCUUUGGAGAAAAAAAUUCGACAAAUUGAACAACUCGUGCAACGUCAAGAAACUGGGGAAUCUUUGAAUUCAGAUCAACUGGAAAAGAUUGAACGAUUAGCUGAAUUUCGUGACGAGCUGCAAAGAAUCAAAGAUGGCGAAGAAUGA